UGAAGAUGGUACAGUACUGUACAGAUGACCGGGUAGUGUGAACAGAUUGAGGUUGUGGUUCGAAGGCUGCAGGUUUCCUUCAUUAUAUGUAUAGAGAUCCCCCAACUCUAUCUUGGCCAUUCAGCUCUCUCUUAAUUUCUUCUGUCUGGAUCCCCAUGGCAGCCAUGGAGGCUGAGAAAGAAGAGAUUCACGUACUAAUGGUAUCGUUCUCAGCUCAAGGCCAUAUCAAUCCCUUGCUCCAACUGGGCAAGCGCCUCAUUUCCAAGGGCCUCCAUGUCACCCUAGCUACCACCGAACUCGUCCGCCACCGCAUGCUCCAAUCCUCGUCCUCCGCCAUCUCCGCCGGCGCCGGGAUCCAGCUGGCCUUCUUCUCCGACGGCUUCAGCCUCGAUUACGAUCGCGGCAGCAAUAUCGACCACUUCAUGGACACCUUCGGCGCCGCCGGACCCGUCAACCUCUCCGCCUUAAUCGCCGGCCGAAAAUUCUCAUGCAUCAUCUGCAACCCCUUUGUCCCCUGGGUCGCAGACGUCGCCGCCGAGCAUGGAAUUCCUUGCGCCAUGCUCUGGAUUCAACCCGCCAUGCUUUUCGCCAUAUACUACCGAUUCUACAACAACCUCAAUCCAUUUCCCACGUCGGAAAAUCAUAGCAUGACCGUGGAAUUACCAGGAAUCCCAGUUCUAAAAACCGAGGACCUUCCCUCUUUUGUUCUUCCUUCGAAUCCUUUCGGCAGCUUCCAGAAGUUACUAGCCGGAUUGUUCCAAAACAUGAACAAGAUGAAGUGGGUUUUAUGCAACUCAUUCUAUGAGCUCGAGAAAGAUGCCGUUGAUUCGAUGUCCGAAAUCAAUCCAAUCCGACCGAUUGGCCCUUUGGUGCCGCCGGCUAUUCUUGGAGAAGACCAGGACAACGAUGUCGGAAUCGAAAUGUGGAAAUCUGAAGACCGAUGCAUCGAGUGGCUGAACCGGCAGCCGCCUUCUUCAGUUAUCUACAUCUCGUUUGGAAGCCUCUUCGUGUUAUCGGAGAAGCAAAUGGGAAGCAUUGCAACGGCUCUGAAAAACAUUAAAAGGCCGUUUCUUUGGGUGGUGAAGCCGCCGGAUGGCCCAAAAAAGUCUGGAGAUCACGGACAGCCGCCUCUGGGUUUUUCAGAAGAGACCAAAGGCCAAGGCCUAAUUGUGGCAUGGAGUCCCCAAACAAAGGUUCUGCUUCACCCUUCAAUCGGGUGUUUUCUGAGCCACUGUGGGUGGAAUUCGACGCUGGAGGCGUUCGCCAACGGCGUGCCGGUGAUUGCUUUCCCGCAGUGGACGGACCAGCCGACCAACGCCAAGCUCAUCGCCGAUGUUUUGCGGGUCGGUGUGAGGCUCCGGCCUAACCAAGAAGACGGUUUGGUGAGCCACAAAGAAGUAGAAAGAUGUAUUGAAGAAGUUAUGUCGGGGCCUGGUUCGGAGGAGUUCAAGAAGAACGCGGCGGAGCUGAAAGUAGCCGCUCGAGAAGCUGUGGCCAACGGCGGCUCGUCCGACCGGAAUAUUCAGCUGUUUGUGGAUGAGAUUAUUGCAAAUUGUGUAGUCGAGCGUUAACAUGAAUAUGGAUGUUGGCUUUGCACGUACCAUCAUGAUCACAGAGAGAAGCAGUUUCUAUAAUGUUGUCACUCUUAUAUUGCACUCAUAAUAUAUAAAAGGCCCAAUAGACUAGUAUAUCAUAAAUUUAGGGUCAAUUUUUAAUUUUAUUCAAUUUUAAUCUUUACUUUAAUUUGAUCAUCGAACUUUUACUUUUA